AUGCACUUGGCCAAGCUUCUUCUCUUACCACAUGGAAUCCUACAAGGAGCUCACUUGCGAGUUCUAGCUUCAAUGAGCUUGGAGAUCUUGUUUGGGUUCAACUAUGGAGAGGGAACCAAGUGGAACUUCAAGGAAAAGGAACUCCAAAGGGUUUGGGCUACAAUCGCUGAUGGAGUGUACUCUUCCUCAAGGUCCAAGGCAGCUCAGAUCAGGAGCCCAGUCUUGAGGUAUGUGCACAAGGCACUUGCCAACACCUUCUUUGCAAGGAAGGCGACCGGGACAAUCAACGAGGGAACUCAAGUUUCUUGA